GGCGGAGUUAUCGAGGAUCGUAGUUAAUGGUGCAUACAUGCAGCUGGCAAUUAAUGUGUAAUGCGCGAAAAGUGCUCCAGAAAUCGGUGAUGAAUGAAAUUUAAAGCCGAUGAAAGUGAUCGCACCUGAAUUAACGAACAACCAACGAAAACCAUCGAGUAUUAGCGAGUUCCAGCAAAGUUGUUUAGAUCAACUUUGAAAUAUAAAGGAUAUUAUGUGAAAUAAGAGCAGUAUAUGUUUACUAUGAAGAUUAAAAAAUAUGUAACUCCUGUAAAAAGAAAAGCUUUCAACAUAUUCCAAUGGAUUUCACUGCUGUGUAGUCUAUGGUUAAUCCCAACUGUACAAAGCAAAUCCGAUGAAAGACACACAUCGACCCUCGAAUAUAGACUAGAGAACCAAUUGGAGAAUCUAUAUAGGUUUAGCCAUAAUGUAUAUAAUGUUACGAUACCAGAAAACAGUCUGGGAAAGACUUACGCUAAGGGAGUAUUGCAUGAAAGACUGGCCGGCAUGAGAGUUGGCUUGAACUCAGAGGUUAAGUAUAGGAUAAUAAGUGGCGAUAAGGAGAAGCUAUUUAAAGCUGAGGAAAAACUGGUCGGAGACUUUGCCUUCUUAGCUAUUCGAACUCGAACAAAUAACGUUGUGCUAAACAGAGAGAAAACUGAGGAAUACGUAAUAAGAGUAAAAGCACAUGUACAUUUGCACGACCGAAAUAUAUCAAGCUAUGAAACGGAGGCGAAUAUUCACAUUAAAGUAUUGGAUCGAAACGACUUAAGUCCAUUAUUUUAUCCAACCCAGUAUAAUGUAGUUAUUCCAGAGGAUACUCCAAAAUAUCAAAGUAUUCUAAAGGUUACCGCUGAUGAUGCUGAUCUAGGCAUCAAUGGAGAAAUCUACUAUAGUCUUCUGAUAGAUAGUGAAUAUUUUGCUAUUCACCCAACCACAGGUGAAAUUACCCUACUGCAGCAGCUUCAGUAUGCAGAGAACUCACACUUUGAGCUCACGGUAUUGGCCUAUGAUCGGGGAUCCUGGGUAAACCAUCAGAACCAUCAGGCGAGCAAAGCCAAAGUCAGCAUUUCGGUGAAACAGGUUAACUUUUAUGCUCCAGAAAUUUUCACAAAAACCUUUUCGAGUGUAACGCCAACUUCAAAUCCUUUGAUUUACGGAAUUGUCCGAGUUAAUGACAAAGAUACUGGGAUUAAUGGUAAUAUUGGACAGUUGGAAAUCGUCGAUGGAAAUCCGGAUGGCACGUUUCUUUUGAAAGCAGCAGAGACUAAAGACGAAUACUAUAUCGAAUUAAAUGAGUUCGCGCAUUUAAGCCAACAACAUUUUAUUUAUAAUCUAACUUUACGCGCCGAAGAUCUCGGGACUCCCCGUAGAUUCUCCUAUAAGUCCGUAGCGAUACAAAUAAAGCCAGAGAGCAAGAAUAUACCCAUAUUCACGCAAGAGAUAUAUGAAGUCUCCAUUCCAGAAACGGCGCCCAUUAAUAUGCCAGUGAUAAGGCUGAAAGUGAGUGAUCCAGAUUUGGGUAAAAAUGCAUUGGUCUAUUUGGAAAUUGUGGGUGGAAACGAGGGCGAUGAGUUUCGUAUUAAUCCUGAUUCCGGAAUGUUGUACACAGCCAAGCAGCUUGAUGCCGAAAAGAAAUCAAGUUAUACCUUAACCGUCUCGGCCAUUGAUCAGGCAAACGUUGGAUCUCGAAAACAAUCAUCAGCCAAGGUGAAAAUAAGUGUACAGGAUAUGAAUGACAAUGAUCCCAUUUUUGAGAAUGUAAAUAAGAUCAUCAGCAUUAAUGAAAACAAUUUGGCUGGCUCGUUUGUUGUUAAACUCACAGCCAAAGACAGGGACUCUGGAGAAAACUCGUACAUAUCUUAUAGUAUUGCCAAUCUGAAUACUGUUCCCUUUGAAAUCGACCACUUCAGCGGUAUAGUUAAGACUACAUCUCUUAUUGAUUAUGAGACAAUGAAGCGGAAUUAUGAAUUAAUAAUUCGGGCAUCAGAUUGGGGACUUCCUUACCGAAGGCAGACAGAAGUUAAACUCUCGAUUGUGGUCAAGGAUAUUAACGAUAACAGACCCCAGUUUGAACGGGUAAACUGUUAUGGUAAGGUCACCAAGUCCGCACCGAUGGGUACUGAAGUUUUCAUUACCUCAGCCAUUGAUUUUGAUGCUGGCGAUAUAAUUUCAUACCGAUUGAGCGAGGGCAACGAGGAUGGCUGCUUUAACUUGGAUCCCACAACCGGUUCUCUGUCUAUUUCUUGUGAUCUGAAGAAGACCUCCUUAACAAAUCGUAUUCUCAAAGUUUCUGCCACGGAUGGUACUCAUUUCUCUGACGAUUUGAUCAUCAAUGUGCAUCUAAUGCCUGAGGAUUUGGGUGGAGAUGCCAGCCUUCUGCACGGUUAUGGAUCCUUUGAGUGUCGUGAAACCGGAGUCGCCAGGAGAUUGGCGGAAACGUUAACAUUGGCCGAAAAGAACAACGUAAAAAGUGUCAUUCCAUCCGUUUUCAGUGACUUAUCCCUGACACCCAGUCGAUAUGGGCAAAAUGUGCACAGACCUGAAUUUAUAAACUUCCCUCAAGAACUUGCCAUCAAUGAAAGUGUCCAACUGGGCGAAACAGUUGCUUGGAUCGAGGCCAAAGACCGGGACUUAGGCUACAAUGGAAAGUUGGUAUUUGCGAUUUCAGAUGGGGACUACGAUUCAGUUUUUCGAAUUGAUCCCGAUCGAGGUGAACUGCAGAUAAUUGGUUACUUGGAUAGAGAACGUCAAAAUGAAUAUGUUCUAAAUAUCACCGUCUACGACCUGGGUACCCCAACCAAAUCAACAUCGAAAAUGUUGCCAAUUACUAUCCUCGAUGUCAACGAUAAUCGACCUGUUAUACAGAAGACAUUGGCCACGUUUCGAUUGACAGAAAGCGCCAGGAUAGGAACUGUGGUGCACUGCGUUCAUGCCACGGACGCGGAUUCAGGAAUCAAUGCCCAGGUGACUUAUGCCCUAUCAGUUGAGUGCAGUGACUUUACAGUCAAUGAGACCACGGGCUGUAUUCGUCUGAGUAAACCACUUGAUCGCGAGAAACAGGAUAAUUAUGCCAUUCACAUUACGGCAAAGGAUGGUGGAAAUCCCAUGUUAUCCUCGGAGGCUCUAGUUUACGUCUUGGUCGAUGAUGUCAAUGACAACGCCCCGGUUUUCGGAGUCCAAGAAUACAUAUUUAAAGUGCGCGAAGAUCUGCCUCGUGGAACAGUGUUGGCUGUAAUCGAAGCGGUGGACGACGAUAUUGGUCCAAACGCCGAGAUUCUCUUCUCCCUGAAAGAGGAGAACCAGGAGGAGGAACUUUUCAAGAUCGACAAACACACAGGUGCAAUUCGAACUCAAGGAUUUUUGGACUAUGAGAACAAACAAGUGCAUAACCUAAUUGUCAGUGCCAUUGAUGGCGGAGAUCCCUCUCUAACAUCGGAUAUGUCCAUAGUUAUAAUGAUUAUUGAUGUGAACGAGAACCGAUUUGCUCCCGAGUUUGAUGACUUUGUAUAUGAGGGAAAAAUAGAGGAGAACAAGCCCAAGGGGACGUUUGUGAUGAAUGUCACUGCGCGGGAUUUGGAUACAGUUGAUUUGAACUCGAAAAUCACGUAUUCCAUCACAGGUGGCGAUGGGCUGGGAAUAUUUGCGGUCAAUGACCAAGGUUCAAUAACUUCACUGUCACAACUCGAUGCGGAGACAAAAAACUUUUACUGGCUCACUCUCUGUGCACAGGAUUGUGCCAUAGUUCCUCUGAGUAAUUGUGUGGAAGUUUACAUCAAAGUCGAAAACGAAAACGAUAACAUUCCUCUGACGGACAAACCAGUGUAUUAUGUAAACGUUACAGAAGCGAGUGCGGAAGACGUCGAGAUCAUCACCUUGAAUGCAGUAGAUCCAGAUAUCGAUCCCACACAGUCUAUAACGUAUAACAUAGUUUCUGGAAAUCUGGUCGGCUAUUUUCAAAUUGACUCCAAAACAGGAGUGAUUAAAACGACUGAACGUAAGCUGGAUAGAGAAAAUCAAGCAGAACAUAUUUUGGAGGUUGCUAUAUCAGAUAAUGGAACUCCAGUGCUAUCGUCAACCUCGCGAAUUGUUGUGUCGGUUCUAGACAUUAACGAUAAUGGCCCAGAGUUUGACCAACGCGUUUACAAGGUGCAAGUUCCGUCUUCAGCCGCUGUCAAUCAAUCUAUUUUUCAGGUUCAUGCUAUUGAUAGUGAUAGUGGUGAAAAUGGACGAAUAACCUAUUCGAUUAAGUCCGGAAAGGGUAAAAACAAAUUUCGAAUUGACAGUCAAAGGGGCCACAUUUAUAUAGCAAAGCCAUUGGAAUCCGAUAAUGAGUUUGAAAUCCACAUCAAGGCUGAAGACAACGGCAUUCCUAAGAAAAGUCAAACUGCUAGAGUUAAUAUAGUUGUAGUUCCUGUUAAUCCUAACUCCCAAAAUGCACCGCUGAUAGUGAAAAAGACGUCAGAUAAUGUUGUUGAUCUCACGGAAAACGACAAACCAGGAUUUUUGGUUACUCAAGUUCUGGCUGUCGAUGAUGACAACGACCAGCUUUGGUACAAUAUUUCCAAUGGCAAUGAAGAAAACACAUUUUACAUUGGCCAAGAUAACGGAAACAUUUUGCUAUCAAAAUAUUUGGACUACGAAACUCAAAAAUCUUAUAAUUUGACCAUAAGCGUUACUGAUGGCACUUUAACAUCGUAUACCCAUCUCUUGGUUCAAGUGAUAGAUAUUAAUGACAAUCCUCCUCAAUUUGCUAAAGAUGUCUAUCGUGUCAAUAUAUCAGAAAAUAUUGAAGAAGAGUCAGUCAUAAUGCAACUUCAUGCCACCGACAGAGAUGAAGACAAGAAGCUAUUCUAUCAUCUCCAUGCCACUCAGGAUCCGUCAUCCCUUGCUUUGUUCAGAAUCGACUCCAUUAGCGGAAAUGUUAUUGUAACUCAGAGAUUGGAUUUUGAAAAGACAGCUCAGCACAUACUCAUCGUUUUUGUCAAAGAUCAAGGAGCACCCGGAAAAAGAAACUAUGCAAAGAUCAUUGUUAAUGUGCAUGACCACAAUGAUCAUCAUCCGGAGUUCACAGCGAAAAUUAUUCAAAGUAAAGUACCCGAAAGUGCAGCUAUUGGCUCUAAGUUGGCCGAAGUGCGGGCCAUAGAUCGAGAUAGUGGUCACAAUGCUGAAAUUCAGUACUCGAUCAUUACGGGUAACGUGGGUAGUGUUUUUGAGAUUGACCCGACUUUUGGUAUAAUCACAUUGGCUGGCAGCUUGAAUAUCAACAAGAUCCAAGAGUAUAUGCUUCAAGUCAAGGCAGUAGACCAAGGCAAUCCUCCGCUGUCAUCGCAGAUUCCUGUUCACAUCAUUGUUACCAUGUCUGAGAACGACCCCCCUAAGUUCUCAACCAACAACAUUGCCAUCGAAAUAUUCGAAAACUUGGGUGUUGGAACUUUUGUUACUCAAGUCAGCGCUCGGUCUUCAUCAUCUAUAUUUUUCAAUAUUAUUUCCGGCAACAUAAACGAAAGCUUCCGCAUAAACCCCUCCACCGGUGUUAUUGUUAUCAAUGGAAAUAUUGACUACGAAAUGAUCAAAGUAUUCAAUCUCACGGUUAAAGGAACCAAUAUGGCAGCAGAGUCGUCCUGCCAAAAUGUAAUCAUACAUAUCCUAGAUGCUAACGAUAAUAUUCCGUAUUUCGUUCAAAAUGAAUAUGUUGGAGCAUUAUCUGAAUCGGCCGCAAUUGGAUCUUAUGUACUAAAAGUACAUGAUUCAUCAAAAGACCAUUUAACAUUACAAGUUAAGGAUGCUGAUGUCGGAGUCAAUGGAAUGGUUGAGUACCACAUAAACGACGAUAUGGCCAAGAACGUUUUCAAAAUAGAUUCGACCACUGGCGCUAUUGAACUGUUACGGCAUUUGGACUAUGAAACGAAUGCUGGCUAUACUUUUGAUGUUACGGUUAGUGAUAUGGGAAAACCAAAACUACAUUCCACUACAACUGCACACGUUACCAUUCGUGUGAUUAAUGUUAACGAUUGUCCUCCAGUAUUUAAUGAGAGAGAACUCAAUGUAACAUUAUUCCUUCCAACUUUUGAAAACGUGUUUGUUGCACAAAUUAAUGCCAAGGAUGCUGAUAACGAUACGUUAAGGUUUGAUAUUGUGGAUGGAAACACCAAUGAAUGUUUCCAAAUUGAAAAGUACACCGGCAUUAUAACAACAAGAAAUUUCGAAAUAUUAAAUAAUGAUAACGACCAGGACUAUACUUUGCACGUCCGUGCUUCCGAUGGAAUAUUCUCUGCAAUUUUAAUAGUAAAGAUUAAGGUUUUAUCAGCCAUCGAUUCGAACUUUGCCUUCCAACGAGAAUCAUAUAGAUUUUCGGCUUUUGAAAAUAACACAAAGGUGGCUACGAUUGGAAUGGUUAAUGUGGUUGGAAACUCGCUGAACGAAAAUGUUGAGUACCGUAUCUUGAAUCCCACCCAAUUAUUUGACAUCGGAAUCAGUUCAGGAGCGCUAAAAACUACUGGAGUUAUUUUCGACCGCGAAGUAAAAGAUUUAUACAGACUCUUUGUGGAAGCCAAGUCAGUGUUAUUUGAAGGCAUGAAUUCGAAUGUGCGUAGGGCUGUUACCUCUGUAUAUAUAUCUGUAUUGGAUGUGAACGAUAACUGCCCUUUGUUUGUCAAUAUGCCAUAUUAUGCCACGGUUUCGAUAGACGAUCCGAAAGGCACGAUUAUAAUGCAAGUUAAGGCUGUUGAUUUGGAUAGUGCUGAGAAUGGUGAGGUUCGAUAUGAAUUAAAGAAGGGAAAUGGUGAGCUGUUCAAGUUGGAUCGCAAAACUGGAGAAUUAUCCAUUAAGCAGCAUGUGGAAGGACAUAACCGGAAUUAUGAGCUAACUGUUGCUGCUUAUGAUGGUGCCAUUACACCUUGCUCCUCUGAAGCUCCUCUUCAAGUUAAAGUAAUUGAUCGCUCGAUGCCCGUUUUUGAAAAGCAGUUUUACUCCGUCAGCGUCAAGGAAGACGUGGAAAUGUACUCGGCCCUUUCCGUAUCCAUUGAAGCUGAAAGUCCCUUGGGAAGGAGUUUAAUUUACACAAUAUCUUCGGAUAGUCAGUCGUUUGAAAUUGAUUACAAUACAGGAUCAAUUUUUGUUGUAAAUGAACUGGAUUAUGAGCAAAUGAAUUCCCAUGAUGUUUCAAUCCGAGCGACUGAUAGUCUUUCUGGAGUUUAUGCCGAAGUCGUUCUAUCUGUUUCCAUUAUCGAUGUCAAUGACUGUUAUCCAGAAAUUGAAAGUGAUAUUUACAACAUAACCAUUCCGGAAAAUUCUUCAUUUGGAACACAAAUUUUAAAGAUUAAUGCAACUGACAAAGACUCCGGAGCGAAUGCAAAACUUUCGUAUUAUAUUGAAUCCAUAAAUGGACAAAACAAUUCAGAGCUGUUUUACAUUGAUGUCACAGAUGGAAAUCUUUAUUUAAAGACUCCCUUGGAUUAUGAGCAGAUGAAAAACCAUCAUAUUGUCGUCAACGUAAAAGAUCAUGGAUCGCCGUCAUUAAGUUCUCGUUCAAAUGUGUUCAUAACAGUUAAAGAUUUAAACGACAACGCUCCAUGUUUUGUGGAACCUUCUUACUUCACAAAACUUUCAGUCGCAGCUGUUCGUGGACAAUUUGUGGCUUUACCCAAGGCGUACGAUAAAGAUAUUUCUGACACUGAUAAUCUGGAGUACAAAAUUGUUUACGGGAAUGAAUUGCAAACAUAUAAUAUUGAUAAACUAACCGGAGUGAUCUCCCUUCAAAAUAUGUUAAAUUUUACCGAUAAAAGUAGCACAGUCUUGAAUAUUUCUGUUUCGGAUGGCGUUCAUACAGCAUAUGCCCGUUUGAAAAUAUCCUUACUACCAGAAAACGUAUAUAGCCCACAAUUUGAAAAGAGCUCUUAUGAGGCGAAAAUUCCUGAAAAUUUAUUACAUGGUCAUAAUAUUAUUACAGUCAAAGCAACGGAUGGAGAUUUUGGCACCUAUUCAAGUCUCUAUUACGAAAUAGUUUCGGAAGAAAUGAAAAAAUACUUUCUUAUCGACCGAUCGACUGGUGUUAUAACAUCUAAGGUAACCUUCGACCGCGAAAAAAAGGAUGAGUAUGUGGUGCUCCUAAAGGUGUCCGAUGGUGGCGGUAAAUUCGGAUUUGCGUCCCUCAAGGUCAUAAUAGCUGAUGUAAAUGAUAACGUUCCUUACUUCCUGCUAAAGGAAUACAAGAUUGUUGUCAGCACAACAACGGAAGCGAACAGAACUAUCUUAACGGUAAAAGCCAAGGAUGACGAUAUUAGCGAUAACGGAUUAAUUUCCUACCAAAUUGUUCAAAAGUCUGUUGACGAGUCAUCAAAGGAUGUAAUUGAAAUCAAUGAAAUCACUGGGGAUAUUGUCCUUAAGCGAGAUGCCGGAACCUAUGGUGUGGGGUCCUUUCAAUUUUUCGUACGUGCUUCUGAUCACGGCGAACCUCAAUUCCAUUCGGAAGUUCCAGUGUCAGUUGAAAUAAUUGAGACUGAUGCUAGCAUUCCUACUUUCAACAAGUCCUCAAUUUUACUUAAGAUCAUAGAGUCAACGCCACCAGGAACAGUGCUCACAAAACUACACACGAUAGGAAACUUUACGUUUAAAUUUUCAAUAGCAGCAGCUCAGGACAAUUUCAUGAUAUCUGACAGUGGGGAACUGAUCCUUCAGCAGACAUUAGAUAGGGAGCAGCAAGAGUCGCACAAUUUGAUUGUGGUGGCGGAGACAUCAACGGUCCCGGUUCUUUACGCCUAUGUUGAUGUCUUAAUUGAUGUCAGGGAUGAAAAUGAUAAUUACCCCAAAUUUGACAACACUUUCUACAGUGCCAAUGUUGCGGAAAACAGCGAAAAGGUUAUAUCGUUGGUUAAAGUGUCAGCGACGGAUGCGGACACUGGGCCAAAUGGAGACAUUCGAUACUACCUAGAAAGUGACACCGAGAACAUUCAAAAUAUCUUUGACAUUGACAUUUACUCUGGCUGGAUCACGUUACUAACCUCCUUGGAUAGAGAAGUUCAAUCUGAAUAUAAUUUCAAAGUCAUUGCUGCCGACAAUGGUCAUCCGAAACAUGAUGCUAAAGUACCUGUAACUAUAAAAAUUGUAGACUAUAAUGAUAACGCACCAGCAUUUAAAUUACCUAUCGAAAGACUUUCUGUUUUCGAGAAUGCACUGCCUGGCACAGUUUUAAUCAACCUGCUUCUUAUUGAUCCGGAUAUCGAGAAACAGGAAAUGGAUUUCUUCAUUGUUUCUGGCGAUAAACAAGCCCAGUUCCAGAUCGGUAAAAGCGGAGAGCUAUUCAUUGCCAAACCAUUAGAUCGUGAACAAAUCAUGUUCUACAACCUAAGCAUAAUUGCAACUGAUGGAAAAUUCACUGCCAAAGCUAAUGUUGAAAUAGAUGUUAAAGACAUUAACGACAAUACACCUUACUGCCUAAAACCUCGCUAUCAUAUCUCCACUAAUGAAUCAAUCCCCAUCGGUACUACACUUGUCGAGGUCAAGGCCGUUGACUUCGAUUUGCAAAGCAAACUUCGUUUCUAUCUGUCUGGCAAAGGUGCCGACGACUUUGCUAUUGGUAAGGAAAGUGGAAUUUUAAAAGUGGCAAACACACUGGAUAGGGAAACAACGCCUAAAUACAAACUGGUAGCCCAUGUUCAGGAUGGCAAAGACUUUACGCAAGAAUGUUUCUCUGAAAUAAUCAUCACAGUGAAUGACAUAAAUGACAAUACUCCUGUUUUCUCAAUGGCUCAAUAUAGAGUUAGCGUACCCGAGGAUGCUCAAUUGAAUACUUUGAUCACGAAAGUUCACGCGAUGGAUAAGGACUUUGGCGUCAAUAGACAAAUCAAGUAUUCCUUAAUGGGCGAAAACCAUGAGUAUUUCCAAAUAUCAAAAACGACUGGUAUUAUCAAGCUGGACAAAAAUCUCGAUCGUGAAACUAUUCCUUUGUUCAACCUCACUGUCAAAGCUGAGGAUUGCGGCAUUCCAAAAUUACAUUCCAUUGCAACAGUAGCUGUAAACAUAUUGGAUAUCAACGACAAUCCACCGGAAUUCAGUAUGAGACAGUAUUCCUGUAAGAUUCUAGAAAAUGCCACCCAUGGCACUGAAGUCUGCAAAGUUUAUGCCGCUUCUAUAGAUAUUGGGGUAAAUGCCGAUAUUCACUAUUUUAUAAUGAGUGGCAACGAGCAAGGAAAAUUUAAAAUGGAUUCUAUGACAGGCGACUUGGUGUUGAAUGCUACUCUGGAUUAUGAAAUGUCCAAGUUUUACUUCUUGACCAUACAAGCUAUCGAUGGAGGCACUCCACCACUCAUCAACAAUGCCUAUGUGAACGUAUCUAUUUUGGAUAUUAAUGACAACAGCCCCAAAUUCCUGCAAAACUUGUAUCGUGUUAAUGUUAAUGAAGACAUUUUCGUGGGAUCCAAGAUUCUGGAUGUGAAGGCCACGGAUGAAGACUCAGAUAUAAAUGGACUCGUUACUUACAACAUUGAAAGGGGUGAUAACAUAGGCCAGUUCUCUAUAGAUCUGAAUAAUGGAACCAUUAGCGUAUCAAGGCCUUUAGAUCGCGAGACUAUUUCACACUACAACCUGGAGAUUCAAGCCUGUGAUCAGGGAGAUCCCCAGAGUUGCAACAGUGUGCCAGUAAAUAUUAAUAUUUUGGACACCAACGACAAUGCACCAAUCUUCUCAAGCGCCAAUUAUAGUGUUGUCCUUCAGGAAAACCGACCUCUGGGCUAUAUAUUCCUAACUUUCAAGAUAUCAGACGCAGACGAAUCACCCAACACCACACCAUAUACAUUCGAUAUAAGGUCGGGAAAUGAGGGCGGACUUUUCCGGCUGGAGCAAGAUGGUUCGCUGAGCACUGCCUCGCGGUUUAAUCACAAGCUUCAAGAUGAGUUCGUGAUACAAGUAAGAGUUUUUGACAAUGGAACACCGCCAUUAUAUUCCGAUGCCUGGGUGGUUGUGAAAAUAAUUGAGGAAAGUCAAUAUCCACCCAUCGUUACGCCCCUGGAAGUUACUAUUAAUUCCUUUGAGGAUGAUUUCUCUGGCGCUUUUAUUGGAAAAGUCCAUGCCUCCGAUCAAGACAAGUACGACGAGCUGAGCUUCAGUUUGGUGUCUAGUCCCGAUGAUAUGUUCCAGAGUUCUAAAUUAUUUAAUAUUUCUAACAAAACCGGGAAGAUUUAUGCUAUAUCUAACCUAGAUAUUGGUCUGUAUAAGCUUAAUGUGUCAGUGUCGGAUGGCAAAUUUCAUGUUUUCUCGAUUGUCAAGAUCAAUGUGGAACUGGUAACCAAUGACAUGCUCAAAGAAUCCGUUGUCAUUCAGUUCAGCAGGAUUUCAGCAUCAGAGUUUCUGCUCAGUCACAGGAAAACCUUCAUGCGCUCCAUUCGUAAUAUUAUGCGUUGUCGUCAGAAGGAUGUUAUCCUCAUAACCCUUCAAACGGAAGCACCAAAACACUCGGUGGCUAACCGUUAUGCAAGAUCCAUUGAUUCCAACUUGAAUGUGGUCUUUGCAGUGCGAAAACAGCAAAUAAUUCCCGAUUCUGAUGAAUUCUUUACCAGUGACGAAAUUCGACAAACACUAAUAGACAAAAAGAACGAGAUUGAGAAUGAAACCAAUUUGGUUGUGGAGGAUAUACUACCAUCCGCUUGUCAGAGCAACAAAAACGCCUGUGUUCACGGGGAAUGCAAACAGGUUUUGCGGAUCCUGAAGAACAACGUUACCACUACCUUUACGGAUGUAAUAAGUUUUGCUGCUCCGUCUUACAAUCAGGUGAAUAGAUGUGUCUGCAGGCCAGGAUUUGAUGGUAAGCACUGUAAUGAGACGGUUAAUGCAUGUUCCACGGAUCCUUGUUCACCGCAGAGGAUCUGUAUGCCAUCUGGAUCGGUUUUGGGUUACCAAUGUGUUUGCCCCAAGGGAUUUUCGGGUACCUAUUGCGAGAGAAAGUCAUCGAAGUGUACUAAUGAAUCCUGUGACAUUGGCCUGUUCACUGCGGUUUCUUUUGGCGGAAAGAGCUAUGCUCACUAUAAGAUAAACAAAAUCAAGGCCAAAUUUACGCUGGAAAACGAAUUUUCCUAUUCUCUGCAGAUAAGAACUGUGCAGCAAACUGGAACAUUGCUAUAUGCCAGUGGAAAGGUGGAUUACAACAUCCUGGAAAUCAUAAACGGAGCUGUUCAGUAUAGAUUCGAUUUGGGUUCCGGCGAGGGAGUUAUCAGUGUGUCGAGCAUUAAUAUCUCCGAUGGCGAGUGGCAUUUAAUCAGCCUGGAGCGAUCUCUGAACAGUGCCAAAGUAAUGGUGGAUAACAAACACGUUUCCCAUGGCAGUGCUCCAGGUGUGAAUGGCAUCUUGAAUAUCCAGUCGAAUGAUAUCUUCGUGGGCGCAGAAGUUCGACCCCAUCCAUCGAUAAUUGGCUAUGAGGAUAUUCAGCGCGGUUUCAUCGGCUGCAUGGCCAACAUCAAAAUAGCCAAAGAAUCACUGCCAUUGUACAUUUCUGGCGGAAGUACCAUUGCUGCUUUGAAGAGGUUCACAAAUGUUGAGUUCAAGUGCGAUCCAUCGAAUGUUUUGGUGCGACUGGGUAUUUGCGGAUCCCAGCCGUGUGCCAAUAGUGGUAUCUGCAAGGAACUCGAUACGGAUGUGUUUGAAUGUGCCUGUCAGCCCCGUUACACUGGCAAGCAUUGUGAAAUCGAUUUGGAUCCCUGCUCAUCAGGUCCCUGCCUGUUUGGAGGAAGAUGCGACUAUCACGGUCCCAACAACUACAGCUGCACAUGUCCGAUUCACUUGUCAGGAAGAAGGUGUGAAUAUGGAAAAUUCUGCACUCCGAAUCCGUGCAAAAACGGUGGCAUUUGCGAGGAAGGCGAUGGAAUAUCGCACUGUAUGUGCCGUGGCUAUACGGGGCCUACUUGUGAAAUCGAUGUGGAUGAGUGCGAAAACCAGCCGUGUGGUAAUGGAGCUACUUGCAUUAACGAACCUGGAAGCUUCCGGUGCAUAUGCCCAUCGUACCUCACAGGAGCCAGUUGCGGAGAUCCCCUAUACUCCAACUCUAUUUCCACAAAGUUAAAGAACUUUUCCCUGGAGCACAUAAGUGGAAUAAUAUCAGGAGUAGCCGUGGUGCUUGUAAUUAUUAGUUUAGUCCUCUGUUGCGUGGUCAUUCGAAGGAAUUCCUCAUCAAAACGAAGGAAUCGACUGGAAAAGGACAAGAACAAGCCGUCGUACAAGGAGGCAAAUCUCAAUUCGCUGGUUGACAAAGACAAUUACUGCAAGCCUAACGUGAAACUGAGUAACUUAGAAGUUAAUCAACGGCCCAUUAGCUAUACUGCAGCCCCAAAUGAUAACCUCUUCAUGAGCAAUAGGAAUUUUGUAAAUAAUUUGGAUAUCUUGCGAAGCUACGGUUCGGCUGGCGAUGAGCUAGAAAAUGUGCCAUUUGAGUACCAGAAGGUGAAUCGAAAUAAGCAGCAUGUAAACAUAAACUCCUGUCAUCCCGCUGAUGCUGAUAAUGCCUAUAAACAAGAAUGGUGUGAGCAAAUGCAGUUAAGAACCUUCAGUGAGAACAAACUAAACAAUGAACUUAAAAGGGAUUUCGGACCAUCUGUAAGUCGCUUUUCAACUGGGAAACUCAUUCAAGUUGAAAUGCCAAACGUGUGCCACUCUUCCAGUGCGAACUUCGUUGAUUAUUCAGCUCUUGCCAAUGGUCAAUAUCAUUGGGACUGUUCCGACUGGGUUCGCAAAAGCCAUAACCCCUUGCCAGAUAUAACCGAAGUUCCUGGAGCCGAAAUAGCUGACUCGUCGAGCUUACAUAGCAACGACAGCAACGAGUCCAAGUCGAAGAAAGCCUUUUUCGUCCACAGGGAAGACGGAGGUGUUGAUCCGACGAGGGAUAUAGCUGCGUUAAAUGAGGAUAUCGGAUCGGAGUAUUUGGAUUCGGAAGCGGAGAGCUGUUUGGAGCCGUUUAUGUUGCCGAGAUCAAGUAAUCAGCCACUUUCAAGACUGAGUUCUUUUAAUAAUAUCGAGAAUGAAGACUAUAAAUCAAAUACAGUGCCUUUACCGUCGAAAGUUAGUCAUUCGUGCAAAGUAUAUUUAAGACAUCCUGAUUCGUAUUUACCGACGAUGCAUUUUCCAAGUGAGACGGAUGGGGAAAGCUCUAUGACCGAGGGGCCGAUUUCAAGGAAGGAAAUGAAAACCAGAAGGACGAUAAGUGAAAAUUCAGAGGAGGCAUACCUAUUUCCAUGCGCUGUUGGAGAAAUUGGUUCCAACAGUAAUAUUUCGGUUCGACUGUGUGAAAUUGAAGAUUCUGAGUUGGAAGAGUUUUUACCACAACCACAAACAAACAAUUAAAUGACAAGCUAAAUAUUUAAGAACUAUAUUUUACAAAAAUUAUUUGAUUUCGUUAGAUACUAUUUUCCAUAGGAAAAACUUUGGUUAUAUAUUUUCAAUAAAAAAUACAUAAAUAUA